GGGAGAGGCUUCCUUCCCCCUUUCCUUCCUCCCCCACCCCGACGAACUCGCGCGCCUCCGCACCGCGACCGCCUCACCCUCCCGCGCCGCGUGAUCUCCCGCUUCCCAUGUCACCGCCCCUACUUAUCAUCCUCUUCCCCUGACCUCGCGCGGCCAUGGCUCGCCUCCUCCUCGCGAUCCUCUGCCUCGCUUCGCGGCUCGCAGCGGCCGCGGCGGCGGAGUGCGUCGAGAACACGACCCUGGAGGGGUACGAGGCGGACCUGCGAAUGUCGCAGCACCAGCUCCGUGGCCGUGUGUCGGUGCUCGACGGCUGCUCGUUCCGCGUCACCGCGCUCGACCUCCUCCCGGGCUCCGCCUCCGCGCGGUGGUGGCGCUCGGAGGGGCCCGACCUCGACUCCCUCGCGCGCGGCGAGCCCGCCUCCGCCGAACCCCUCAAUCGCACCUUCCGGUCCGAGUCCCUUGUCUUCCGCCUUCUCCCUGGCCUCUCCUGGCCUCUCGUCCCUGUACUCGCCGCCUUCGACCCCCUCACCUCCUCCCUCUUCGGCUUCGUCCGCCUCUCAGACAACUCCUCCUCCUCCUCCUCCACGUCCGUGCCCACCAUGCUCGACUCAUGUGCACAGCUCUCCCCGCGCUUCCGCGUGCGGUGGACGCUCGACGAGGCGAACAACUCCAUCGAUAUCGGCCUCGAGGCGGCUGUAGGGUCCGAAUACUACAUGGCUUUCGGGUGGGCGGAGCCCGGCUUGACCGAGCCGUCCAUGAUCGGCGCCGACGUCGCCGUGGCUGGCUUCACCGAGGACGGCCUCCCCUUCGCCGAAGACUACUAUAUCACCAAGUACAGCGAGUGCCUGCUGCGCGAGGACGCCUUGGUUGAGGGCGUCUGCCCGGACACGAUCUACGUCCGCGACGACCCCGCCGGGCUGGUCAACAAUACGCGGCUGGUCUACGGCCACCGCCGCGACGGCGUGUCCUUCGUGCGGUUCUCGCGGCCGCUGGUGUCCGCGGACAAGAAGUACGACGUCCCCGUGAACGCCACGAGGAACAUGACGGUGAUCUGGGCGAUCGGCUUGCUGCGGCCGCCUGAUUCGCUCCGGCCGUACUACCUGCCGCUGAGCCACGGCGCACCGGCGGGGACGUCGUUCGGCUUCGUCACGCUCAACGUGUCGGCGGCGAGUAACGAGUGCGUCGGGCCAUUGGACGCCGAAGACAAGGAGGACCAGGCCAGGAUCACGGCGGAGCGCAAGACGCCGCUGGUGGUGACGGCCGGUCCGGCGCUGCAUUACCCCAACCCGCCCAACCCCGACAAGGUGCUCUACAUCAACAAGAAGGAGGCGCCCCUGCUCAAGGUGGAGCGCGGCGUGCCGAUCACCUUCUCGAUAGAGGCGGGGCACGAUGUGCCAAUGUACAUCACGUCUGAUCCUGUGGGAGGGAAUGCCACGUCCAGGAACAUGUCCGAGGCCAUCUACGCCGGUGGACUGAAGGCGCAGGGCGUGCCGGCCACUCCGAUGGAGCUUGUCUGGUUGCCCGACCGGAACACGCCGGACCUAGUGUACUACCAAUCCUUGUAUGAUCCGAAGAUGGGUUGGAAAAUUCAGGUCGUUGAUGGAGGCCUCAGUGACAUGUACAAUAACAGUGUGCUCCUGGACGACCAGCAGGUAACCUUCUUCUGGACUCUUUCUGGUGACUCCAUCAACAUUGCUGCCCGAGGUGAGAAGAAGAGUGGGUACCUCGCAAUUGGCUUCGGGAGCGCAAUGGUGAAUAGCUACGCAUAUGUUGGGUGGAUCGAUGGCAAUGGCACGGGACAUGUCAAUUCGUAUUGGAUCGACGGAAAGGACGGGAUGAGUGUGCACGAGACACAUGAAAAUCUUACAUAUAAGAGGUGCCGAUCAGAAAACGGUGCGAUCGUAUUUGAAUUCACUCGCCCACUGUCACCUUCAUGCAGUGGAAGGGUGGAGUGCAAGAACAUCAUCGACCCGACGACUCCUCUGAAGGUCAUUUGGGCCAUGGGUGCUCAGUGGUCAUCAGGCCCCUUAAGUUUGAAGAACAUGCACUCCGUCACAAGCAAUCGUCCUGUCAGGAUUCUUCUGUUGAGCGGUUUGGCUGAAGCGGUGCAGGACUUGCGCCCGGUGCUUGCUGUUCAUGGGUUUAUGAUGUUUGUGGCAUGGGGUCUCUUGCUCCCAGGGGGAGUCAUGGCUGCGAGAUACCUGAAGCAUCUGAAAGGCGAUGUCUGGUUCCAGGCUCACACCUACCUGCAGUACUCAGGCAUAGCUGUUAUGUUCUUGGGCGUUCUGUUUGCAGUUGCUGAGCUCCGAGGCUUCUCUUUCAAAUCAAGACAUGCUAGAAUUGGUGCAAUAGCAUUUACAUUUACGAUUGUGCAGCCAUUAAAUGCGUAUCUUCGACCGCAUAGAACAGAGAAUGGGGAAAUUCCAUCCAGAUAUAGGUUGGUUUGGGAAUCUCUGCAUAUUUUUACUGGGAGGUCUGCUGUGCUUGCUGGUAUCGUGUCUCUCUUUACUGGCUUGCAGCAUCUUGGGCAUAGGUAUGGCAGUAAGAACAUCAAGGGACUUACAUGUGGGUUAAUUUUGUGGGUUGUAAGUGCUGCUUUGGUAAUAGCUUACCUUGAGUACAUGGCGAUGAAGCGAAGACGAGGUGGUGCUGAUGGCCUUUCAGGCAAAUGGGUGCUUGGCAACACUGAGGAAGAUGAUUCAGUUGAUCUUUUGCAAUCCGACAGGGUAGUCAGUAAACUGGAGUUUAAUUCAUCACCUCGAGCGAUGGAAGUACAGCUUGAACCACUUAACGGAUGAGAUUUUUUUCAGUAUACGUAUCGGCAUAAAAGGAGUUUAGUUCAAAUUCUUUGUAGAAUAGAUAGACCAAGCUGGUGAUAUACAUCUAAGAUAAAGAGAUUUCGGUUCCGAUUA